AGCUUUACUCCUCCCCUAAUCUUUCCACCUUCCCUCCUCACUUCCCUCUCCCGCUCCCCAUCCACCCCCCCCCGGCCCCGCCCAUCAGUGUUUACUCUUCUCCCGGAUCCGGAUCCGGAUGAAGGGGUUGCCCUGCCCGUGCCCGGCCCUGCCCCGCUUCUGGCGCCUGGGGUGUUGCCUCAUGGCUCAGGGCUCCGGGACUCAGGCCCCGGGGAAAGGGCCCCCGCUCAGCAUCCAGCUCCUGCGAGCCCAGUACGAAGGCUUGAGGCGGCAGCAGAGGGCCCAGGCCCACCUCAUGGUGCUCCCGAAAGGAGGGAACACGCCUGCUCCUGCUGAAUCCAUGGUCAGUGCUGUUUGGAUUAACAAGGAGAGAAGGCAUUCACUGUCUCUGGACGAGGCGGAUCCCGAGGCAGCGGGGAUGCUGGAGGAGGCUGACAGAGGCUGUCUGCAGGCCCCAGAGUCUCCAUGGCACACGCACCUAGAGAUGCACCGCUUGGUCCAAACCUUCCGCCAGGAAACCAGUCAUCAAAUAAAACACAAGAGCAAGCUCAUGGGGUCUGAACAAAGGCUCCCCCAGGAGGGAGACCCAGGCUUGUUUGGAAACAAUCAGAUGACUCAGCUAGGGACCACGAACCCAGAGGCAGCCCAGAGUGAAUGUCAGGUGGGUGAUACCCAAACCAACACAGUGAGAUCCAACUUAAACACCAGCAUUCUGUGCCCUCCUUCCAUAAAGAACACACUCAGGUCUGGAAAACCAGCUCACUAUCCAUUUCCCCAGAGGAAAAUGCCCAGGAUCUCCCAAGCUGCCCGGAACCUGGGCUUAUAUGGCCCAGCCUGAAGCUUUCUACUAAGCCAGGUGUCCCAACCUCGAGGCCAGCUAUGCCCUCAUCAAAGAAUCCAGGAGGCAGAGCCACAACUAGGGCCUCUAGCUGUGAGCAAGAACUGGACUUACUCAACUGUAGGGAUUGUAGGAAAUGAACUUCACAAUGAGCACAUGGCCUUGUCCCUCAAAAAAGGAAGAGAUUGCCCAGGCCAGACUGCUCACAGUUCAGGAUGAAAGGGCUGUCUGAUCAAUGCAGCCCCAUUCUGCUUAUAUAAGAAGACAUUGCUACGGAGGCCUGGAUGCCCAUUCCUUGGGGAGGUCUCUAGAACUAGGGAAUUUUGAAACAUAGUACAGGCACCCUAGCCAAUGGAAUGCCUUAACAGUGUCCUGGAAUCAACAGAUAUGGGCAAUCAUGUUUUCAAUAUCUUCUGAGGAUUUCUCACAUGUUCUGGAGAAGACGAGCUCUGAGAAUUGCCUUUUUCUGGUUGCUAUGCCUGGAGGCUAGCUCACUUAGAAGUCACUACAUUCAUUGGUGGUGACCACACCAUUUCAGCUGGAGCCUCCCAAAGUAUGUUCACCCUGGGUUAUAAGGGUCACAACAAUGCUACCUACUGUUUUAUAUGUUUGAGGGUAUUCAGAAAGGGCCAGUCAUCUCAUCCCUCACUGAGACUGCACAUUCCAGUCUCGUCACAGAUUUAUUUCCUUCCAUCCUUCCCUCCAUCCUUCCCUCUCUCCCUUCCUUCCUUCCUUCCUUCCGUAGUCCUUCCUUCCUUCUUUCCCUUCUGCCUUUCUAUUUGUCUGUCUUCUCUCCCUCCCUCCCUCCCCUGCUCCAAAUUAAGUUCUUAUUAAACACUGCCAAUAGUUGAAGAGAUAUAGUAAUAGGAGCCUGAGCAGAAAGAGGCAAAGAUAUGCUCCUGCAUGGAAAAUGUGUUCCUCACAGACUGCUCCCUUUUUAGCCAAAUUUAGAUCACUCAACCUGCCUGGGGUAUUUUAAACCUAAGACAAAGUGAAGCAGCUGCUACUUUGGUGAUGAAGAAGGAAGUAUGUCUUUCCUGGUUAAUGUUUAACUUGAGCAAUGAUAUUAACACACAUCUAAGGUGCCUUUCCCUCCUAUCAGAUUCUCUCUCUGUGAAGUUGCACCCACAUCUUCCUCUUUUCCUCAUGGCCAUCCAGAGGCCCCUCCAUAUCCAGAGUUGUCAACUAGGAGUGUCAUUACCUGUCAAAGAUGCGUAUGUGCCUGCUCCUUGGACAACCCAGAAAUUCACUCCAAUUUGGGGAUUCAUUGUAAUUUCUUUUGUAAAUAAUUAAUAAGAGCCAGUUGUUAAUUUUUUUAUAGUCUAAUGAAAAAGAAGGAAAUUUUCUGAAAAAAAUUUUGUCCUUUGAUUUUGUUUUAAAGAGGAUUCCCACAAGUAAUUUCUCUUUCUCCAGUGUAUCAAUCAGGACAGGCAAUGUUUUGCUGCAGUAACAAACAACUCCAAAUCUCACCACAGAAGCUUUUUUUUUUUAACUCACAAAAAGUUCAUUGUGGAUUUGGGCAAACUUCCAGGUCAGCUCUCCUACUGUCACCAGCAGUUCAGGCUGCUUCAAUCUUGUGGCACCACCAUUUCAAUACUGGUUUCCCCAAUCACUGUAGCGGGACAAAAAAGUGCAUUCAUAGCCAUGUACUGACUCUGAAAUCACUUUUGCUCACAUUUCAUUGUCCAAAGCAAGUGAAACAGAUCUCCACUGCAAGGGCAUGAGGAGGUACAAUCAUCCCAUGUGCCUAGAAGGGGAGAAGAAACAGAAACAUGGGUGAGCCCUAAUGGAUAACACAGGUAGAUAGGGGCCAAGUCGUAGCACAAUAUUAGAUUUCAUUCUGAAUACAAUCAGUAGCCAUUAAGGGAUUUACAUACAAGACUAAAAUGAUUUGAUUUGCAGUUUAAGCAGAUUAUUCUGGUUGUUCUGUGGAGAAUGAGUUGAGGGUCACGUUAAGAGGCAGUGUCGGGAAAAAAAUGGCCAGGGCACAUUCAGUGGGAAAGAUGCUGUUAGCUCAAGCAAGAGUGGGAGCAGAAGAGAUGGAAAAAAAGUAGAUACAUUUGAUAUAUAUGCUGGAGAUAGGAUCAAUAGGAUUUACUGAAGGAAAAUUCUAAGUUCAGUUUGAAGAAUGCUAAGUUUGAGAUGCUCAUGAGACACACAAAUGGAGAUAUCAAAUAAGCCAGUGGAUAAGUGAGACGAGAGUUCUGGGCUAGACAUAUGAACUUAAGGGUCAUGAGUGUGCCGAGGUACUUAGAAUGAGAAAGGAUGAGCUCACCCAUGCAGAGUGUAGAGAGAAGACAGGGUCCAGAAUCAGUCCUGAAAACUCCCAGUUUACUUAGUUGAAAAAUCUCUAAGGAUUUUUCCAAUCCUUCCUGAGAAGAGGUGGGAUAGAGGGAGGAGGAGGCAGUAAGAACACUGAAGAGGAGUGACCAGGGAGAAAAGGGAGCCGGGGGGUGUGGAGUCAGAGACCUCAAGAGGCAAGAGACAGUGUAAGAGCUUGCACAGGUCACUCCCCGCAUUGCAGACCUUCCACAAAUCCCCAUUUUCUAGAGUCCUCAUUUUUCACUCUGGAGUUGCUUUUCUUGAGCAUGGCUUGAUGUGGGAAAUGCCGGAUGUGGGAGAGCUUUCCAGCCAAGGGCAGGCCAGGUCUGUUAGCAAGGUCAUGUUGGAGCCAACUGACCGCCACCAAGGCUGACCCGAGGGCACCUUUGCCCCAGAGGCCUGCCUUCUUCUGGGACUUGCCUGGCAUAGGGCUGAGGACUGUUCCCUGUCGUAGAGCUUGAAGGGAGAGGGGGCAAGGGGAAGGCUGGUUUUGAAUCCUUCCACUCCCUUCCCACAAGGCUGCUUCUGCCAGGAGCAUUAGACCAGAACCGUCUGUUUCUCAAUCACACUCACACACUUCUACCGACUCAUGAGCUGUCAAACGUGCUGGGGCAAAGGGCUCAGGUUACCCCUGGGCUGUCCCACUACCCACGACUCUGAUUUUCUGUCCCGUGCUGAUCUGGACUGGAGCAAACUUUUUCUUCCCGCACUCUCCACAGUGCUAGCAGAGACGUUUUUCCCAAACUAGAGAACAACCAGCUCACGUUGUAAAUCCUGCAUCAGGCAGGGUCGCCCAGCCAUCCAGCCCACAGUGGGGACUCCCCCACGUGGCCGGUGCAUCUGGGCUCCAGUCUCAGCACUGCCAUUGGUAGACUUGAACUUGGCUGAAGUACUGAACUCUCAGAGCCACAGACUUCCCAGUUGUAAAAUAAGGCCAUAAUAGCCCCUGUAGGGUGGGGACGGGAGGAUCGUUCUCCUUAGCUGUCCCCUCUGCUCGGGCCCGCUAGGGGGCGGGCUCCCCUCAUGCCGGCUCAGCCUGGUUUCCUAACUUUUCAGUCACUGCGCCAUUAAAGCACUUUCAUUCUAGUUCUUAAGACUUGAAACUAUUCAAAUUUAAAAGUCUAUCUCAUAUUCAAGUCCGAUCCCCAAAACCUCCCUACCCCCUUCCCCCAAGCACAGCCUUGAUUUAUACCUUUAAGGCUAGAGGGAGGGGCGUGGUCUUCUUGCUCACACACCCGCCGCCCCCUUCUGUGCGCAGGUUUUGGUGUUAGGAUAGGACACAGAGAGAGCAUAGGUGGCUCUUUAGAUGAUGGCCAUGGUGUAGUUUCGGUCUCUUUUCUUUGGCCGUUUACACUGACCUAGCUCAUGGUCUGCAGGCUGGGUGUGCACAGGUGGUGGCCCCUACAGGCUCCUGCAGAUGAGGAACUCCAUCCCCAGCAGCUCCCCUAGCACGCUUGUGCCUUGUGAGAAUGGUUAAGCCUGCUAGUGCUGCCCCCCCGCCCCCCAGACCCCUCAUCGCAUCAGACGUCCACUUCUCUGUCUGUUGCCCCAGUCUCAUCUACCUUCCGCUGGCCCAGCUGGGGCCUGUGGACACAGGCAGGGGGCAUUUUCUGCACCUGUGUGCGGUGAGCAUUCUUGCAAGAGACGGUGGCCUACGUAAGCAAACCAAAAUAUAAGCUUAUAAUGCCUCAAGGUUAGGAAAUUCAAAGCUAAGGACAACCAAUCACAACCAACCAACGAGGCUCUAUGCUACAGCCCAUCAACAAUUCCCUUACUUGGCCUCUGCAUCUUCUCCAUAAAAGUCUCUCCCCCCAGCCCGGCUCCCAUUGGUGGAGCGCGCCUAACCACUUCCAGUUUGGCGUUACCCGAUUCCAAACGAUUUUUGCUCAAAGAAACUCUUAAAAAUUUUAAUAUGCCUCAGUUUAUCUUUCACACCACUAUUUUAAUCUACCUCCUUCUGGGUCCUUCCCUUCACUUAUUUCUAUAGCCUUAUAGCUGGGAAAUCCCCCCUUCAAAUAUUUUUGAAUCGAAACUGCCGGUGGUGAAAUUAGCGCUUCUGUUUGGAGGACGGAGAAAACAGUAGGACUUUUUCUAACCACAACUUUGUAAAACUUAACUUUUCCCCCAGCUUUUGAGGCCUUGAUUAUUCCUACUCUGCACAAACAUCCCUUGAGGUGACUUCCUUAUUGUUCAGAAAGACCCAGUUCACCCACUUUCAAUAUUUUUCUGUCUGCACACAAAUUGCUGGAAUUUUUUAACCUGCUGUGGUUGUGUUUCUCCCACAGCUAAUGAACGGUUCACUUCCUGGAAACUGUUCAAGGGACUGAACUUUUCAUUUUAAUUUUAUUUCUUGGCCUUGGGUUUGUGGCAAUGACAUUAAGUUUUCCCCUCCACUUCCAUCCAAAAAGAUGAUACACCCGCUCUGUGUCAUUAAUCCUUUUAUCUCCCCCUCAUCUGUUCACUGAGGAAUCCACCCCCUGAAUUCCAGGAGUCCAGGAUCAUAAUCAAGACUCAGCAGCAUGCCAACCCCUCAGCCCUGGCCAAGAAAUAGGAGAAGGAGGAAGGAGCUGGUGGCGCAAACACUGUGUCUUCUGCCAACCCAAACUCCAAGUGUGUUUACAGAGAGCCUGAGCUGGCCCUCUAAAUUAAUAUCAGGCCCAGAUCCAGGUUAGCAAAUAUUUUCCCAGAGCAGGAGACGCUGCCCUUCACAAGAAAUGCAGGUGCUCUCUUGGUUGGAGGGUCCUGAGAGAGCCUGUCCCUGCUCCUGCGUUUGCCAGAUUCUCCCCAACACUGGAGCCUUGCUCUUCUUUUAAGGUGCUGCCCACAACACGUGUGGCUACACUCGCAGCCUGGGGACUGGGGGACUGAGCCCAGAUCCCAGGCUUCUCUCUGCUGGGCUCUACCACAUGCUGGCAAGAUCAAUGGGAAGAUCCCUGACCAGCCAACUACCACCACCAUCAGUCCCCAAAGUGUGUGUAUGCAAAGGAGACUUGAGACAAGUGCCCGCUGUGGCAAAACCAUGGCGAGCUGGACCUUACAUGAGCUGUGAUGCCCCUUUUGGCCCCUCUAGCCUUAGGCUCACCCCAAGGUUGGCCCUGGCCUCUAAGACAGUACUUCUCAACCCUGACUGCCCAAGAGAAUCAUCAGGAGGCUUGGAGAAUAGUCAAUUAAAUUACAUCUCUGGAGUAGGGCCUGAGCCUGGUAUUCUAUAUUUUUCUUUUUGAUCAAGUCAUAAACUAUGUCAAGUGUGGGAAGCGCACUAAUCUUGUAUAUAGCUCAAAGACUUAUUUUCACAGAUAUAAAUAGACACACACAUGCACAUUUGUGUGACAUAGAUCAAGAUACACAUUUCCGGCAUUCUAGACAGUUCCCUUCAGCCUCCUCCCAGUCAUCAACCACAAUUUAUUUUUCCUUUUUUGUCUUUCCAUUUUUUGUCACCAUGAAUAAAGCUAGUGUCAUUCUUUUUACACGUCCUUUGGUGGACAUUCGUUUUCUUCUCUUUGUUAAAU